AUGCCCCGCCGCUUCCCACGAAGCUAUUCGUGUUCUGCCACGGCGCCAGCAUCCGCGAGCAACCCAUGGUCCUCCGCGCCGUCUAGGACCUGGUGCUUUUCCGCGUCACCGUCGCCGGCGGGGGCGGACCAGGCACCAUCAGAUUCCGUGGCGAGGACUGCGGCUACUUCAUCUACCGGCACGGGGCCGACUCGACUCCGAGGUCGGGAGCUGGACCUCCACGGCAGCGUCGCUGGAGGCCCCUCGGAGAGCCGCGCCGGUGGAAAUCCCCACCAAAUCCAGGCGUGCACAAAGCGUGGCAAGGCCUGCCUCAAGUUUUCUGAAUUGAAAGCUACCAGCGAGCGUCUUCCCUACGACGAUGUCGAGACCGGGUUGCCUGCCUUCAAGGUCGACGACUGGACCAUCACCACAUGGAGCAACACGAGGAUGGCUGGUGCUUACGAGGACUGGGAAGAGGAAUUCACGGUCCUUGCUUCUGAGCUCAAAAUCAGUGACGCUGUACGCUUGCAGUUGCAGAAGACUGGAUUGCUGCGGUGUAAUCCGUCACGGGAAGGCGAGGAGGCUGUAGUUGAUCUCGGGUUGCAGAAUCUCGUGGUGUUUGAACCCAAACCCAGCCUGAAUGGAGAAGAUGAUGUCGUUUACCUGAUGGCCAGGACAAAGUUCAUGCACCCCAAGGUUUAUGCUCUGGCUGUUGACAAGAGGAACAGCGUGCUGCUAGGUGCGGCUGAGUUCAGCACUGGAUUACGAUCGCUUUCGGGUCUCACCUAUCACUUCGGUGCUAUCACCAAGUAUAUAUGAAUCUGGUGCCACUCUAGGUAAGGGUUAUGCUAUGCAGCAAUUGCUUCAUUUUGUUACUUCGAUGAACCGGCA